AUGGCGUGGGAUUUUGGUUUCAGAAAGGUGGUUCUGGAAUCUGAUGCAUGGGCUCUAAUCAAGAAGUUGGAGAUGAAAGGAAUGAAAGACAGAGGCAGUUUGCUAUUUGUCAGGAUUAGUGAAAUGCUGAAAUGGAAGUGGAAAGUCCGGUUGAAUUAUAUACCGAGAGAAAGCAACAAUGUGGCAGAUGCUAUGGCUAAGUUGGAGGCAUCUUUCUUUAAGCGGGCGCCCGAUUUAACAAUUUUCUUUGGAUUUACGUUAAACAUUAUUGACACUCCUGGUCUCAUAGAAGGAGGAUACAUCAAUGUUAUGGCACUGGACAUUAUAAAAAGUUUCCUUUUGAACAAGACCAUAGAUGUGCUGCUUUAUGUGGACCGUUUAGAUGCGUAUAGAGUGGAUAACCUGGAUAAGUUGGUUUCCAAGGCCAUCACAGAUAGUUUUGGUAAAGGAAUAUGGAAGAAAGCAAUAAUAGCACUCACACAUGGUCAGUUUUCACCGCCAGAUGAAUUGCUUUAUGAUGAAUUUUCAUCCAGAAGAUCAGAGGCUCUAUUGAAAAUUGUUAAAUCGGGCGCCCGCUUAAAGAAAGAUGCCUCUCAGGUACAUUGCUACAUUUUAGUGAUUGAGUUCCGAUACCUGGCCCUAUGAACGUGUA